AUGACCGAAUCGCACCCUUCUGGGCAAGAAACUGCCUCCCAUAUUACGCCUUGCAUAUACUCUCAUGUGUCGACCUAUAGAUCGCUCCACCUUGAGCUACAUCUCUAUAGUCCCUCCCUGAAGGUCGACACACGAGGGCCAAUAGCCGUCUUCAGCAACCACGACGACAUAGGUGGCAAGGUUGUACUCGAUUGCCCAGGUCACCAAACUGGCAAGCUCGCGCUGACGGUCGAAGGGUCGAUCAUCUACCCCAUGCAAUCCGACUCGCCGUAUUCUGAAAUCCGCAGACAUGUCUUCUAUUCCCACUCCCAUGUCAUCUCGGUAGCUUCAGAGGAGUCCAGUAGGUUCGCCUUCCGAGACGCCUUCAUGAAGCGCCGGCCCAGUUCAUCGAACCUCAACUUCAAGCCCGGAUCAAUAGAGCGAUCGUUUCCCUUUCACUUUCCAUUGUCUCAGGGCUCCCAUCCCAAACAAGAGCUUCCGUCGACAUUUACUUCGCAAUGGGACGGCGAGAGGCCACUCGUCAUGACCUCAGAAGUUUCCUACAAGAUGAUCGUUACUUGGGAGCCCGACUCUCUGAGCGAUCAGCCGUCCCAACUUGAAAUUCCCUUCAUUCUCCAACAAGAUGCUGAAUUCCACUCGCUGGACAGCAACAGCACUGAGGAUGCCUGGUUGGAAAUCCCGCUACUAACUGAACGCCCGAUGCCUGUCCGCCUUGCAAUCGCGCUACCAUCGUCUACAAGCUUUUCCCGAAAGUCAUCCGUUCCUUACUACGUCGUCUUCACAACAACACCCCGGUCACCUUCAACCGCAAAAGAAAUCGCCGCAGAUUCGACCAUUUACGUCGCUCUAACCCGCCAGAUUGUCAUUAACGAACCCCAAACAAUGAUGCAACUCACCCCUCCGUCAUCCCCCUCCACCUCCGAGGAAGGUGAAACCUCCCCUCGACGGCUGCUCCGAAGAGUAGCAAAAUCCAGUCCUCGACUAAACCGAAAACGCCGGAUCGACGAAAUCUUCGACAAACCCCUCCCCGAGCUGCCCAUGAAGGCCUGUUUCUCAGAAUCCAAGACUAUCUACAACGACUUCUUCGUGGGGUUCCCCAAGCGCCCACGACACCGAUGUGAGAAGGGGAAGCACCCAACUCUAGCGGAGCAAUCCGCUUUACCUGAUGGCCUUCUCAAAUCCAAGAUCGCUCUUGAUGCGGACAUGCUUCCUUCCGUAGAUUGGGUUGGUGUUAGUGUCAAGUACUACCUUGAGAUCUCUGUAUCAAUCGGCCAGGAUGACUGGAGAGCCCGCAUACCGAUUCGUGUUUUCUAA